AUGGAUGGGUCUCCAAGUGUCGAAGAACUCCUCAAGCGCAAUGCGAAAAGGAUGGAAACCUUCGAGCCUAUCUUAUCAUUAGGUGAAAUCGCCCAACUUCCGGCUGAUAAGAGCCUUCCUAUGCCUAAAAUAUUUAUUGUGUCAUGUUGCGAUCCGCGCAUCGACCCAUGGGAUAUACUAGGCCUUGAAAAAUGGGAUGCAGUGGUAACUCGCGGAGCUGCGGGCCGGAUGGCUGCCCAGUUCAACAAUCUGCUUUUCCUUGACCACAUCCUCAAUUUUACAGAUGUCAUGAUUAUACACCAUACAGAUUGUUCAGCUGAGAUCUUCUCAAACGCCGACGUUCGCCAAACGUUGAAUGAGCGGGCUCCUGAUGCCAAUGACGCUAUCGGAGCCCUUAGGCUUCCCGGGUUUGAAACCGCGAGUUUAGAGCAGAGCGUUCGAGAGGAUGUUCAGCUUGUCAAGAGCUCAGCUCUAGUCCGAAAGGAGCUUGCGGAACGGACAAGGGGAUUCAUAUAUAAUCUCACAACGGGGAAGGUUGAGCCUGUAUCUUAA